AUUUGGGCUCAUUUCCUUCUUGGUCGAACCGCUGUUCAAUUUACCGGCGUUUUCCAGCACGCAUCAUCUGUGAGUAAGAAAGGCAAAUCGGAGACAUUUUUGGAUGUAAAUCACUGGAUUAUAGAAACAGGAAACCUUAUACUACAUACGAGAGGCCAGCGGUGUCAUCGGAAAGCCCUAAACGGGAUCAGUCCAGACCGAAUAGCCUACGUGGAUAGUGGCUGUCAGCAUCCAACUACCGAGAGACUGUGUGAAACGAGAGCAGUUGACUACAGUAGAAGAAACAAGGCAAGAACAAUUAUCUGCGAUUUUGAAAAUUGUUGGACUGCCCAGGAGCGUUCGAAACGGCACAGACAUUGUUACGCAAAUAAGAAAAAAGUUGUAUAGCUCAAGGAUUGAGAUCAAACGUUUAUGACGAGGAUAGUCGGGUAAAACAAAAGUGUAGAACUGAUCGCUAGCCUACUGUAGCUGGUUACGUUUUGUAUGAGCGGUGUGCUGCAUUUGUGCUAGCUAGCAUUUAAUUCAUUGGUCUGACGUUUGAUACAUUGUUGGAACCACAUGAUGCAACAGCAGCGAUCGUUCGUCUCCCCUCUGCUCAGUGGUGUCUUCUGUCAGUGUACCCCAGAAGAUAUCUCCUCGGGUUCGGACCCCGGUGGGGGAGUUGAUUCCGCUUCUGUGACCCCACCUAAGUUCUGGGACUGCCCGACCGGAGCCAGAACGUGCGAAUUGUCGCGUCCCUGUGGCAGCGCGCACUGCAGCGAAGCGGACCAAGAGCACAGACUCAAAGUACUUUUCCAAAUCUUGGACGUCAAUAAGGAUGGUGGCAUCUGCGUCAACGACCUGACAAUCGGACUGAAAAAACUUGGCGUUCAUCGCACCGAGAAUGAACUCAUGAAAGUAGUGAAGGCGGGAGACAAGGAUCUGGAUGGCCAGCUGGACUUUGAGGAAUUUGUCCACUACCUGCGAGACCACGAGAAGAAGCUGCGUCUGGUGUUCAAGAGCCUGGACAGGAAGAACGAUGGUUGCAUCGACUCGCAGGAGAUCAUGCAGUCGCUGCGAGACCUGGGCGUUAGCAUCUCCGAGCAGCAGGCCCAGAAGAUCCUAAACAGAAUAAGGAAGGGCCAAGUUUGGGCCCCUAUUGCUUACAUGGAUAAGAACGGGACGAUGACCAUCGACUGGACGGAGUGGAGAGACUACCACCUCAUGCACCCGGCCGACAACAUUCCCGAGAUCAUCCUGUACUGGAAACACUCCACGAUAUUCGAUGUGGGCGAGAGCAUGCUGGUGCCGGACGAGUUCACGGCGGAGGAGAGGAAGACGGGGGUGUGGUGGCGCCACCUGGUGGCGGGCGGGGGAGCGGGAGCGGUGUCGCGCACCUGCACUGCCCCGCUGGACCGCCUCAAAGUACUGAUGCAGGUGCACGCGUCGCGUAGCAACAGCAUGAGCAUGGCUGGCGGCUUCGCCAACAUGAUCAAAGAGGGCGGAAUGAGGUCACUGUGGCGAGGGAACGGGAUGAACGUCAUCAAAAUUGCGCCUGAAUCCGCCAUAAAGUUCAUGGCAUACGAGCAGAUUAAGUGGCUGAUAGGCAGUGAUCAGGAGGCUCUGGGGAUUCUGGAGCGCCUGGUUGCCGGUUCCCUGGCGGGAGCCAUCGCCCAGAGCAGCAUCUACCCCAUGGAGGUUCUGAAGACCCGCCUGGCCCUGCGGAGGACGGGGCAGUACGGGGGCAUCGUGGACUGUGCCAGGCACAUCCUCAGGAAGGAGGGGAUGGCAGCAUUCUAUAAGGGCUACGUCCCCAACAUGCUGGGCAUCAUCCCAUACGCGGGCAUCGACCUGGCUGUGUAUGAGACGCUGAAGAACGCCUGGCUGCAGCGGUACGCCACGGACAGCGCUGACCCCGGCGUGUUCGUGCUGCUGGCCUGCGGCACCACGUCCAGCACCUGCGGCCAGCUGGCCUCGUACCCGCUGGCCCUGGUGCGCACGCGCAUGCAGGCCCAAGCCACCCAGGAGGGGGGCCCCCAGAUGACCAUGUCGGGGCUCUUCAGGCACAUCGUCCAAACGGAGGGGCCCACGGGGCUCUACAGGGGCCUGGCCCCCAACUUCAUGAAGGUCAUCCCGGCUGUCAGCAUCAGCUACGUGGUCUACGAGCACCUCAAAACCAGCCUGGGGGUGCAGUCGCGGUGAGGAGGGUAGAGAGGGGAGGAGAGGUUCCACAGUGACCAAAAAAAAAACACUGAAGACUGUCGGUGGGGGAGGGGGACAAUCUAAGGGCGCCGCUGAGACGCCUGCGGACUUUUGCACAAUCGUCCCAUUCUAUGAAUGUGUGAUGGCUGAACGGGGGGAAGCAAAGGGGUAGAGGAGUGCACUAGUGAACAAAACCUGAGACUGGUCUCUGGCUGUGACUGUCGGCGGGGACAAGGGGACGAAUGCUUCUCUCACCAAUAUUUAAUUUAACUUUAUUAUAAUUAUUAUUUUUAUCACUGUCAUUAGUUUUAAUGUUUAAGAGAGGCACUUCAGAGUAAUUCAUUCAACACCCCCCCCCCCCCCCCCCCUUUUCCACAAGCUAUAAAUCUAACAGCUUUAUCAAAUGGCCGUACUGAUGGUCUUUGGGUAGACUGUCACGCAGCAUUAAGGGACCACGGACGUGUGUUCGGCUGCCUGCUGUGCUGCGCUCGUGGCGGCGGAGUGAUGGUGCCCUGAGCUGCCUGCCGCUGGCUUCCAGGAGCAGGAAACACUUGGGUGCUCAUGCAGUCCAGCAGGGGGCAGUGUCUGUCCAGCUGCUGCGGGUUCUACAAAGAAACUUGGUCCGUGCAACGAAAACAACCCGUAAUGUGACAAGGGCUCCUCGGUUGUCGGUUUUGCGCGCGGCAAAUUCAUCCUGGAUUAAGAUAUUACUUUUUAUUUAAUAGCAUCAAUGCUACUUUAACAAUUCUUAGAUUUUUUUAAUUUGUGCACUGGAGAAACAUUUUACGUCAUAGUCUAAAUCUCCAUUGUGGCUGCUUAAGGAGUCGCCCGUUUGUUAAUAGUGCUUUAUUUUCCCAUUUUAAAUUUAGUUUAAACGGAUGGAUGUUCCACCUCCGUUUAUUCUGUUUUUAAUUUAACUCCGAUUCUGAAGAAACGCCUUAUCUGUGUAAAAUGUCAAAAUGUCAUCUCGAACAAAUGGGGAGGGCUAUUCUGUAAGUGCUACUCUAAAUUAUUUUUGUAUGCUGACCAGAUAUUUAUUUUAUGGUGGCCUCAUUAUGAGAUGGGCUAUGUAAAGAGUAUAUUUGCAGCAUUCGACUUUGUUACAAAAAAAUGAUCCGUGAUUCAGUUCAGUGUAACAUACGUUAUGCAACUGGUCCCUUCUGGAAUGAGUCGUUUUCAAGUGAACGUUUUUGCAUAACUGUUUUCCAAAGUCUUGGUGAGGUGGCGUUUAUGGGUUAGCGGCGGGACAGAAAUAUGGGAUCCCGUGACGAAAGCACUACACUGGGAUAGCACACCCAUGUAUCUCUUCCAAAUGUACAUGUCUCGACGAUUAACUCUUAAGCACUUUAAAAUAUAUCUCCUUUGACAACACUUGAAUUUAUUAUUUUUAUUUUUUUUAAUAUACAUAUAGAUCAGGAUUUGAUGAUGCAUUGUUUUGUAGGUGCUUGGAAAUAUUAUUUGCGCACUCGUGUCAGUUCUCGCCAUCAUUUUAACGGUGCUUGUAUAGUGACAAGUUGAUGUGUAUGGCUUUGCUGUAUCGUUUUCUUUUACGCCUCGUCUAGUCCGGUCAGGAUAAAGGGUCUAUCUUUGUCCACGCUUCCCCGGUCACGUGGGCGUUCGGUACUGGAAUUUUUAAACAGGGAGUUCGGUAAAAACGACUCUGAUCCCUUGACUUGAAGCACGGAUUCUAUAGAUCCUGUAUAUAUGUAUAUAUAUCUUACAAUGAAGUGUAGUCUAUAGAAUCUUUGGCUGAAGCGCAGCUGUUGCCUUAAUUCGUGCGAGACGUUGGACUGCUUUGUGUCUUCGGCUGGCAGGAGAUGCAGAGGAAGGGGGCGCGUCGCUCGGGUGUUUCUCUUCGGUCUUUUAUUCUCAGGGAGAAUUCAGAGGGGGAAAAGGGAAUGCACGAGGGAAUUGCACUUGGAUUUUUUUUCCUAUAGCGCCCCCGUUCUCGCCACGUCCUUGCAGUCUGGCGUUCUUGUUUUGGCUACUCGUUCAGGUUUUGUUUAGUUAUUCCACUUUCCACCAGCUUGUCCCUUCUCUGUUUUUGAUGCCGGUAAAGUAUUUAUUACGGAUGACUUGUAUGCACUCAUACUUUGUGAUGGGCUACAGCAAAUAUUUGGAGGCGUUCCAUUUCUGUGCUAUAUUUGCGCACCUGCAUCAGAAGCGGGGAGACGUUAAUGCAUUCGUUUUUUAAACCUAGAACUGGCUGCGAAGACUUAUGCCAGUAGCGCCAUGCUCCCAGGUAGAAUGCCACAUUUCAGAACCGUCUGAAAAUAUUACGCCUUACUGUCGAAAUAAUGUUCGGCUGUGCUGCCUGUCUUAACGCUUACAUGAACUGUGACGUGUAGAGCAUAUUCCACUUCACCGGAAAACUAAGAUGUAAACUGAAUAUUUUAACUCGGAAAUCAUAAUCCGCAUUUGCUGAUGCUUUGAAAUUCAGUUGUUUGUGUAGCAAUGACAUAUCUGUUCCGAAGAGAGUGAUAGGCUAUACAUAUAUAUAUUUUUAAAUGAGAAUGUUGCAAGUGAGUCUUGGCGCAAAGAUCAAUGCAAAAAAAAAUUAUAAAAUAAUAAUAAAAAAUAAAAUGGUUAUUGAAGCAAA